UCUUAUGUCUUGGCGUUGCGGUGAGGGACUUUACGCGGAUGGAGGACCGAAAUAUUUGACAAUAAACUCAUAUCGGGUACCACCGAAAAAGUAAAGGGACUAAUUCCACCGUUAAGGCUAUCAACAAUCAAUGAUAGAGUUAUCUCAAGAGGGCAUCGUGUGAACCCUUGCAGCCGCUGACAGUCUUCUGCACUCGGAGAAAUGGAACAUAUCCGAACGCCUAAGGUGGAGCAGGUGCGGCUGGUGGAUCGCUUCAGCAACAAAUCCACAAAUGGCACACUGUACCUCACCGCUACGCAUCUCAUUUUUGUGGAAAGCGGCUCUAACAACGCAGCCUCUGCUGGCCAGGAGAUCUGGAUUUUGCACCACCAUAUAGCCUCAGUGGAGAAGCAAAGCCUGACCACCUCGGGCUGCCCGCUGGUCAUCCAGUGCCGGAACUUCAGGGUGGUUCAUUUUGUGGUACAGAGGGAAAGAGACUGCCAUGACAUCUAUAGUUCACUGCUGCGUCUACUGCGGCCAGUACAUUACGAGGAACUCUACGCAUUCUCCUACAACCCCAAGCAAAACGAUCAGCAGAGAGAGGAGGGCUGGCAGCUCAUCGACCUGGGGGCGGAGUUUGAGAGGAUGGGCGUGCCAAAUGACCAAUGGCAGCACACUGACGUCAACAGAGACUACAAGGUGUGUGAGACAUAUCCACGCGACCUGUACGUUCCCAUCACAGCCAGUAAGCCUAUCAUCGUUGGCAGCUCCAAGUUCCGAAGCAAAGGACGCUUUCCUGUGCUCACAUACUUUUACCAAGAGAAAAAGGCGGCAGUGUGUCGCUGCAGCCAGCCACUCUCUGGGUUCAGCGCGCGUUGCCUCGAAGAUGAGAGCAUGCUGCAGGCCAUCAGUAAGGCCAAUCACAACAGUCGCUUUGUUUACGUCAUGGACACAAGGCCAAAGCUGAAUGCGCUGGCCAACCGCGCUGCAGGCAAAGGCUACGAGAACGAGGACAACUACUCCAACAUCCGCUUUCAGUUUGUUGGGAUCGAAAACAUCCACGUAAUGAGGGCAAGCCUGCAGAAAUUACUGGAAGUUAUUGGCACUCGGUCUCUUACCAUGAGCGACUACCUAGUGGGACUGGAAAGCAGCGGCUGGCUGCGACAUAUCAAGGCUGUAGUAGAUGCAGCUGUGUUUCUUACAAAGGCAGUGACAUUAGAAGGGGCCAGUGUAUUAGUUCACUGCUCAGACGGAUGGGACAGAACUGCCCAAGUUUGCGCCCUGGGGUCACUGCUCAUGGACCCCUAUUAUCGCACCAUCAAGGGCUUUAUGGUGCUGAUAGAGAAAGACUGGAUUUCCUUUGGUCACAAGUUUGCAGACAGGUGUGACCAGCUCAAUGGGGAUCCAAAGGAAGUGUCUCCUAUCUUCACUCAGUUUCUUGAGUGUGUUUAUCAGCUGACUGAGCAGUUCCCGCAAGCUUUUGAGUACAGCGAGUGGUUCCUGCUGCAGAUCCAUGAGCAUGUGCACUCUUGUCAGUAUGGAAACUUCCUAGGGAACAAUCAGAGGCAGAGAGAGGAGUUGCAACUUAGAGAGCGAACUCACUCACUCUGGGCCUAUCUGAUGAGUGAAAAGCAGAACUACUUGAAUCCAUUCUACAAGCCUUCAUACUCUGAAGCACAUCCUGUGCUGGAGCCCUCCACCUUGCCAUACCAUUUCAAGUUCUGGAGGAACAUGUACCACCAGUUCGAUCGGUCCAUGCAUCCACGGCAGUCCAUCCUCAAAACCACUCUGACUCUGAAGGAGAACAGCCGCGAAGCGGAGAGCACACUGCGAGCUCUGGAGACUAGGCUCCAACAGCUUGGUGUGACCCCAAUUGCGACCUCUGACCCCCCGGCACCUCCUCCAACCAGAGACCAACGCACCAAUCCCCUGCCACCGCGGCCUGACUCCCUCAUCCUAGGCGCACCUAUCAACCACAAAGAGGUGCAGCGUCGCGAGGAGGAGGACGAACAAGACGAAGUGGGCGAGGAGGCCAUGGAGAGUACAGACACAGAGCGGACAGUAGAGGGCAGCAGUGGCAGCGAGAGCAGGAAGCAGAGCUACGGAGAACUGGAAGGGACAUGCAACGGUGAACUUGCCAAAGAGGAGCCAGCUGUUGUCAGUCUGGAGCUUGGCGUGGCACGAAUGACCUGCUGAAGCCAAAGCAGGAGUGUUUCUGGACGGAGAGACUGGUGUGGAUGAGUGAGGGGCCUUUACUGUAGGGGUGAGUGUGCGUGUGUGCGCGUCUGUGUAUGUGCGUGGACAGGAAGCUGUCAUUCCGUUUGUGAUUACACUCUGAUUACGCAAUGGCUAGUGGCUGAUAUUGUCUCUGUACAGUUUAAAUCUCAGUGGAAGGCCUCAUAAAUAUGUCAUAUACUGCUCCUACCAUUGAAAAGCUUCUUUCUUUUUUUUAAAGAAUCUUGUAAAGCCUAAUAGAGAAAAAGAAAAUAAAUUCAUUCAAAACCAAAA